CCCCACCCCACCACCGGCACACACACGCACAGACUCUGGCUGGAGCCGCCCUUGGUGUCAGUGGCCCGGCUCCCGCGUCCGCGCCGGCUGUCGUGCAUCCUCAGCACCUGUCGGUCGGUGUGUCCGGUAGCCGGUGCCCCUGACUCCGUCGGGGCCAGGGAAGGCCAUGGUUUCCCUGCCCGGGCCCCCUGCGACCAACUUGCUGCGGUUUUUGUUCCUGGGGCUGAGUACCCUCGCAUCCUCCUCGCGGGCCCAGCUGGACCUGCACGUGCCCGCCAGCCUCACUCGGUUGCAGGCGGUAGAGAGCCGGGAAGUGGUGCUCCCGGCGUGGUACACCCUGCGAGAGGAGGGGUCUUCUGCCCAGCCGUGGGAGAUGCCCACCGUGAUGUGGUACUUGGUACACAACGGGAAGGAGUCGGAACAGGUGUUGGCGUACAUCAGUGGGACCCUGUCAAGCAAACCUGGAGCAUCCCUGGUCUACCCCAUGCCCUCCCGGAAUGUGUCCCUGCGGCUGCAGGGCCUCCAGGAGAAAGAUUCUGGGUCCUACCUCUGUUCUGUGAACGUGCAUGACAGUCAAGGCAAAAAUAGGGGCCAUGGCAGCAAAAGUUUAGAACUCGAUGUGCUGGUUCCUCCAGAUACUCCAUCCUGCCGUCUCCUGGGCGUGCCCCGUGUGGGGACCAACGUGACCCUGAGCUGCCGGUCCCCAAGGAGUAAGCCCGCUGCCCAAUACCAGUGGGAGCGGCCACCUCCAUCCCCUCAGGUUUUCUUUGCACCAGUUUUAGAUGCCAACCGUGGGUCUUUAAACCUCACAAACCUUUCCACUUCCAUGUCCGGAGUAUACAUCUGCAGGGCCCAAAAUAAGGUGGGCAUUGCCCAGUGCAAUGUGACCCUGGAAGUGAGCACAGGGCCUGGGACUGCAGUGGUGGCUGGAGCUGUUGUGGGAACCCUGGUUGGAUUGGGGCUGCUGGCUGGGCUGGUCCUCUUGUACCAACGCCGGGGCAAGGCCCUAGAGGAGGCAGCCAAUGAUAUCAAGGAGGAUGCCAUUGCUCCUCGGACCCUGCCCUGGCCCAAGGGCUCAGACACAAUCUCCAAGAAUGGGACCCUUUCCUCUGUCACCUCAGCACGAGCCCUCCGGCCACCCCAAGGCCCUCCCAGGCCUGGUGCACUGACCCCCACACCCAGCCUCGCCAGUCAGGUCCUGCCCUCACCAAGGCUGCCCAGGACAGAUGGGGCCCACCCCCAGCCAACAUCCCCCAGCCCUGGGGGGGUCUCUUCCUCUACUCUGAGCCGAAUAGGUGCUGUCCCCGUGAUGGUGCCUGCCCAGAGUCAGGCUGGGUCUCUGGUGUGAUGGCCUAGCCACCCAUUAGCUAAGCCAUCUGGUUUCUCUCCUUCUUAUAGGGGUCACCCCUAGCACAGAGGCCUGAGGCUUGGGAGGGUGGCCAUCUUCCAGACCUCCAGUCCUCUGUCCCCACCUUUCUUUACUAUGGGAAAACUGAGUUUCAGUUAAGACCCAAACUUCCAAGAGGAAGAAGGAGAAGAAGAAGUGGACCUGGGAUUAAGUAGAGCCUUCACCCCCU